AUGGACUUUAGUUUAGCAACAGGGAAAAAUAGUUUAGUACUGAAUCUUACGAGGAACGACCACGCUAGGCUAGAUUUAAUCAUGUCAGAUGAAAGCGGUGAAAUCAACAAUGACUAUGCUUCUCGUUUCGCUGUGUAUUAUAGCGUUGAACAAGGGGCAUCUCUAUUGAUUGAAUGUGAGGCAAGUUACUGCUUUCUGCAUGGUACAAUAGAAAUAAAGGGAAUACAGUAUCAGAUCGAACAAGAUCAUUCAUCCGAAAACUUUCAACUACAUACUAUACGAAGAAAAGCACUUCCUAACCUGGAUGAACUGAUGAAGUCAGUCGGUGUAGUUUCGGACGAUGGUGAAGCAUAUGAAACGCCUUCAGAUGCCGGUCUCAGUAUUAGAAAACGACGUUCAGUGUCUGCGUUUCCUGACUGUGAUAUUAUUGAAGUUAAAGCCUUAGUAGACGACACAAUCUGGGAUUAUUACAAAGACAGAUACGGCGGGGACGAAACGAGAGCACUUGACGAAAUUUAUAAAUAUUUCACCAGCACUUUUGCUGAGGUGGACUAUAGGCUUCACUGUUUAACAGACUAUUUCACUCAUUACGAUGGGACAUGUGUCGUAAAAUGUCUUCGAGUCAUUUUAGUUGCGAUCGAGAUCACAAAGACUUCGUCUUGGACGGACGGCAAUUUUAAAACUGUAAGUGGGGUAACAUUUGUUAAGGGCCUGGACGGGUUGAGUGAUUGUGGCACUCUCAACGAAAACAUGGCUAACAGUCAAGACGGAUGGCAUCAUCUUUCCUGCUUUACCAGAGAAAACCUAGCCUUGUACUCGGGUAGCUGGGAUAACACUUACAGGACUGUGGCUAAACAAAACAAAAUGUGUAGCAGUAAUUUAAAGUAUAGAGUAGCAGUACACGAGGCAACUGGAGACGGUGUUGAUAUAACUGUUGCCCAUGCACUUCUGCGAACAAUCGGGGCAAGGGAUGAUGCAUCGCAGUCGUGCAGUCCAAACGGCUAUUUUCUAAUGCGAGAGCCAAAGGCAGACUGGCCGGAAAAUCCCGGCUUCUUUGGACAGAACUGGUAUUUGUCCGACUGUACGACAGAGGACAUAUGUAAUUACGUAAACGGAUUAAAUCCUAAUUGCAUGAGAGUUAGGGGAAACUUGGUUAAUGAGACAAUCUGGAAGGAAUGGGAGAAGACGCCUUUACCAGGAGAGAUACUGUCUGCUGACGAGCAAUGUAAAGUUAGGUGGGGCAAUGACUCGGUGCAGUGUGGGGAUCUUUACCCAGAAGAUAUGUGUGGACAGUAUAUCAGAUGCACAAGCACUUCACAUCAGGGUUGCGUGUGCAAACUGAAAGUUUCAUCAGAAACACCAUGUGGUUAUGCUAGGGUUUGUAAGAAAGGACAGUGUGUAUUUAUUAAGGACGUCCCACUGGGCGGUAAAUGUGAAUGUCACUCGCAGUGCGCCGGUAACAACACUGCCUGUGACCCGGACACAGGUCUGUGUGUGUGUAAAGAGGGCUUCUUUGAUAGUAAUGGUAUAGACGACGAGGGUGGAAACUGUACUGAAAAAUUUCCGCUCGAGGAGGAGUGUGAUGAAGAUGUACAAUGCAAGGAUCCAAAUGCUCUGUGUAUCAACGGUACCUGUAAAUGUCGUCCUUGUUACUAUAACAACAAUGGAAGAUGCGAAAAACAAAGCUGUUUAGGGAAAUCUUGUAAUGUGACUGCCCAGUGUAAAGGUGAAAAUACUGUGUGUGAUCCAGAACGUGACAUAUGCGUUUGUGAAACAGGAUUUUUCGUAGAUGACGAAGGCAAUUGUGUCACAGUGAACGGAACAAUCUGCGAUCCAUGCAUUCAACAACCGGACUCGUGUACUCAAGAUGGCACAACUUGCAGUGACAGGGGUUUCUGUGAGUGUUCUAACAACACGGUAGAAGUAAACGGCCAAUGCUUUGGAAUGGACAUUUGUGAGCCAUGUGAUCCUUCGGACUCAACAUGCGCCUCAGGGCUGGUUUGCAGCUCAAGUACAAACAGAUGUGAAUGUCCACCGGACCAAGUUCAGAUUGGAGACCAAUGCUAUGGGACACGUGUUGCUGAGCCGUGCACACCUGUACUACCAACAUGUGUAGACUACUUUGCUGAGUGUAAUGGUACAGUGUGCGAUUGUAAACCAGGAUACACGUGGAAUGGUUCCAUAUGUGUUGGAGAAGACCCAUGUGAUCCAUGUGAUCCGUCAACACCAGCAUGUGGCACCGGCCUUGUUUGUAAUCCUAACACGUACAGAUGCGAAUGUCCACCUGACGAAGUACAGAUUGGAGAUAACUGCUUUGGAAUCGACCUGUGUGAUCCAUGUGAUCCUGAAACAUCAUCGUGUGACUCCAGUCUAGUAUGCAACCCGGACACAUACAGAUGUGAAUGUCCAACAAAUCAAGUGCAAAUUGGAGAUAUAUGCUGUGGAUCUGAACUUUGUGAACCUUGUGAUCCGUCAGCGAACACCUGCAAUGCAAAUCUCGUCUGCAGCAGUAUCACGUACAGGUGCGAGUGUCCUACCAAUCAAGUACAGUAUGGAGACGCCUGCUACGGAACACUUGUCACAGAGGUAUGCACAACAGCAUUGGACACAUGUACGGACAAGUAUGCUGAUUGUAAUGGUACAAUAUGUGACUGCGUUGAUGGGUUUACUUGGAACGGUAGCAAAUGCGUUGGAGAAGCCAUAUGCGAUCCAUGUGAUCCUUUAACACCAUCAUGUGACAACAGUCUUGUGUGCAACCCGGACACAUACAAAUGUGAAUGUCCACCUGGCCUGGUACAAAUUGGAGCCUUCUGCUAUGGAACACGUGUAACAGAGGCUUGCACGACUGCUCUCGACACGUGUAUUGAUGACGAUGCUGGUUGCAAUGGUACAGUCUGUGACUGUUUGGAAGACUUCGUAUGGAAUGGAUCUAUAUGCAUUGGGAAUUAUUUGUGUGAUCCGUGUGAUCCUUCGACUACUUCAUGUGACUCCAAUCUUGUAUGUAACCCGAACACAUACAGAUGUGAAUGUCCAACUGAUCAAGUCCAGAUAGGAGAUGAAUGCUUUGGGAUAUCUUUGUGUGACCCAUGUGAUCCUUCAACACCAUCAUGUGACACCAGUCUUGUGUGCAACCCGAACACGUACAGAUGUGAAUGUCCGACUGAUCAAGUGCAGAUCGGAGAUGAAUGCUUUGGGAUAUCUUUGUGUGACCCAUGUGAUCCUUCAACACCAUCAUGUGACACCGGUCUUGAGUGCAACCCGAACACGUACAGAUGUGAAUGUCCGACUGAUCAAGUGCAGAUCGGAGAUGAAUGCUUUGGGUUAUGUUUGUGUGACCCAUGUGAUCCUUCAACACCAUCAUGUGACACCAGUCUUGUGUGCAACCCGAACACGUACAGAUGUGAAUGUCCGACUGAUCAAGUGCAGAUCGGAGAUGAAUGCUUUGGGAUAUCUUUGUGUGACCCAUGUGAUCCCUCAACACCAUCAUGUGACACCGGUCUUGAGUGCAACCCGAACACGUACAGAUGUGAAUGUCCGAGUGAUCAAGUGCAGAUCGGAGAUGAAUGCUUUGGAGAGGAUCUCUGUGACCCCUCAGAUUCCACAUGCUCCUCUCCACUCGUGUGUAGUUCAGACACAUACAGAUGCGAAUGCCCACCUGGUUAUGUACAGAUCGACGGUUCAUGUUAUGGGACGUUAGUGACAGAGGAGUGUACAACUACUCUUGACACGUGUGUUGAUAAAUACGCAGACUGCAAUGGAACAAUCUGUGACUGUAUUCCUGGCUUCUCGUGGAAUGGUUCUGAAUGCCUCGGACCAGAUUUGUGCGAUCCGUGUGACCCAUUACAAUCACCAUCUUCGUGUAACUCUGAAUUCGUAUGUAGUUCGGACACAUACCGAUGUGAAUGUCCACCCACUCAGGCGCAAGUUGGAGACCAAUGUGUUGGGACACGUGUUACUGAGCCAUGUACAACAACCCCUGACACAUGUACUGACAACUAUGCUGAGUGUAAUGGUACAGUCUGUGAUUGUGAGGCAGGCUUUAUAUGGAAUGGAUCAUAUUGUGUUGGACCAGACUUAUGUAACCCAUGUGAUCCCUUAACACUGUCUUGUGACGGCAGCCUCGUAUGCAGCUCUGACACAUACAGAUGUCAAUGUCCAUCCAAUGAAGUACAAAUUGGAAAUGACUGCUAUGGGACUCGUGUCACUGAAGCAUGCACGAAUGUCCUGGACACAUGCAUCGAUGAUAACGCUGGGUGUAAUGGUACAAUAUGUGAUUGUUUACCAGGAUUCACUUGGAAUGGGCUCUUAUGUGUCGGGUCAGAGCUAUGUGACCCCUGUGAUCCACAUGACUCCACCUGUACAUCUCCACUUGUUUGUAGUUCAACAACAGAUAGAUGCGAAUGUCCUACUGGCCAAGUUCAAAUAGGAGAUGCAUGCUACGGGACUCUUGUCACUGAGCCAUGCACAACUGCACUGCCCACAUGCGUAGAUUAUAAUGCUGAAUGCAACGGUACAGUAUGCGACUGUAUGCCGGGAUUCACAUGGAAUGGCACCAUGUGCUCUGGGGAAUAUCUCUGUGAACCAUGCGAUCCUUCUUUAUCUACAUGCCAGUCCGGUUUAGUAUGCAGUUCUAAUACAUACAGAUGUGAAUGUCCACCUGAUCAAGUACAGAUUGGAGAUAGCUGCUACGGAACACGUGUAACUGAGGUAUGCACGACAGCCAAUCCAACAUGCAUUGACAAUAAUGCUGAAUGUAAUGGUACUGUCUGUGACUGUGUAGAUGGAUUUUAUUGGAAUGGUUCUAAAUGUGUGGGUGAAAAUCUAUGUGAGCCAUGCGAUCCAUCAUCUUCCACGUGUGCAGCGCCACUUGUAUGCAGUUCAAGCACUUACAGAUGUGAAUGUCCGCCUGGUCAAGUACAAGUUGGAGAUGAAUGCUAUGGACGACUUGUGACAGAGAGUUGCACGAUUAUGCCGGAUACAUGUAUUGACGACAAUGCUGGAUGCAAUGGAACAAUAUGCGACUGUUUGAUGGGAUACGUGUGGAAUGGGUCGAAAUGCGUCGGAGACGAACUGUGUAACCCAUGUGAUGCUUCAACGCUAUUAUGUUCGGGCCAGCUCGUAUGUAGUUCAGACACGUACAGAUGUGAAUGUCCUACGAACCAAGUUCAGAUUGGAGAUGCAUGCUAUGGGACACUCGUUACUGAGGCAUGUACAACCGCGCUACCCACAUGUGUAGACUACAACGCCGAAUGUAAUGGUACAGUGUGUGACUGUAUACCCACAUUUAUAUGGAAUGGGUCUAUUUGUCUUGGACCGAACUUGUGGGAUCCAUGUGAUCCUUCAACACCAUCAUGUGACUCCAGUCUUGUAUGUAACCCGAACACAUACAGAUGUGAAUGCCCAGCCGAUCAAGUUCAAAUUGGAGAUAUGUGUUAUGGUUUAUACGUGACAGAAGCUUGUACAACUACUCUUGACACGUGUGUCGAUGAUUAUGCUGAUUGCAAUGGCACAAUAUGUGACUGUAAACCUGGAUUCACCUGGACUGGUUCUAAAUGCGUUGGAACAGACCUUUGUGACCCAUGUGACCCUUCAAUGUCUACUUGUUCAACACCACUGGUAUGUGGUAAUUCUUCAAACAGAUGUGAAUGUCCACCGGAUCAAGUUCAGAUCGGAGAGGAAUGCUAUGGAACACUUGUAACUGAGCCAUGCACAACCGUCCUUGACACCUGCAUAGACAACUUUGCCGAUUGCAAUGGUACAGUAUGUGAUUGUAUAUCGGGAUUAUCUUGGAAUGGAUCCAAAUGCGUUGGAGAGAAUCUCUGUGAGCCCUGUGACCCUUCAGAUUCCACGUGUUCCUCUCCACUCGUGUGUAGUUCAAACACGUACAGAUGUGAAUGUCCGCCUGAUGAAGUACAGAUUGGAGAUGCAUGUUGUUAG